AUGGAUGACAAAGUAUUUCAACAUAUGACACGAACUGGUACUUAUUUAUUAAUUCAAGAAUUGAAUGCAACAGAUUUGAAUAGUGUUCAAAGACAUUUAAGCAAAAUAGUCGAAGAACUUACUUUAUUACUAAAUGAUUUACAUGAACGUCAGUGUCUGACUGAUAUACAAGUUCAACAAAUGACUGUUUAUGCUAUACCAUUUGAAUCUGUCCUGGUAUGUUGCUUAGGACUCACUAUUGAUAUAUCUCGUUACAUCAGCCGCCUUCUUCAAAAUAUCUAUGAUCAAGCGACUCAUUCAACAACAUUUUUCAAAGCUAGUAAUGUUAUAUAUGCAUUAGAAAACUAUGCCAAAGAAGUUCAUUUACAAUCAAACACAUUAUUUGCUGCUGUACACGUCAAUGAUUUAUGUACACUUAUACCUCAUGAGCAAUUGACGGAAUCAUUACAGCAUUUUCUCUAUGAUUAUGUACCAGAUGGGCAAGUGCAAGGAUUAACCGUUGAUACUAUUAUUGAGUUAGUUCGUUUUGUUUUACAAAAUCAAUACUUUAUUUUCGAUAACAAAAUUUGUCGACAAAUUAAAGGUUGUGGUUCUGGUCAACCGCUCAAUCAUCUAUUAGCAAAUAUUUAUAUGUUCUAUUGA